AUGAACAUUAUCUGUGUUUUGUCCAUCUUCAUCCUGCUGCUUGCAGCUGCCAGUUCUCAGAAACCCAAACAAUGUGAUUCUCCUCCCCUGAUGACUGGAGGUGUCACUGUGAUGGGCUUCAAUGGGCGCUUGCUGUCUACGGGAAAGAUGACCUAUGACGCUUUCGGUCAGAAGAUUCGAGUUAGAAACUUUGGCACGGUUGGAAAUGAAACCUUCGCUAUGGACCAACUAAUGUUGUUCGACAAGAAAGUCUAUUAUGAGAUUGACUGGAGCAAACUAUCUUGUACGAAGAGGCGUCUGAACGCAGAUUUCAUUCCAAUGCAAGUGCCCGAUGAUGCGGAAUUGAUGAGUCAGGUCGUUUUGGGAUCUUCCUCCUCCUGGGGAAUGGGUGUACUGGUCAACACCUGGUAUGGAAGCCUACCCGGCAAUGGCACCUAUACAAGCGUCUUCACUGAGAUUGGCUGCAUUCCCAUUACCAUCACUGGCUACACACCAGCAACGGGAUGGACCAUUGUCAGCACUUUCAAUUGGGUACUUGGCAUCACCGAUCCCAUGGAUCUGGUCCCGCCUUUCUUCUGUGCCAAGGCUCAGCUGGAAGAUCCUGAAACAGCGGACACUAUGUUCAGUGCCUUGGAGUCGCUGGCCAAAAAGACCAAGGACAUGAAGUAA